AAUAUCUUUAUUUCGAGUCUUACCCUAAUCUGUGUGUCCCUGUGAUUGUUUCGCUUCUCUCUCGCUCGAACCUAGAUCAUGGCUGGAAUCUACGGUCAAGGGGGCGAUGGUGCCCCUCCGACAUACGGAUCUAGCGGCGGCGGCGGCGGCUAUGGUGGUUCUGGCGGAUACGGAGGCGGUUCUGGUGGUUAUGGAGGUGGUGGUGGAGGCGGGAGCUAUGGUGGAAGCGGUGGCGGUGGAUAUGGAGGUAAGGGCGGCGAUGGAGGUGGUUACGGUGGUGGACGGGGCGGUGGCGGUCGAGGUGGAGGAUAUCAAGGCGACCGUGGUGGUGGAGGCAGAGGUGGCGACCGUGGUGGUGGCGGCAGAGGCGGCCGCGGUGGCAGUGGAAGAGAUGGUGAUUGGCUGUGUCCUAAUCCAGGCUGUGGGAAUUCGAACUUUGCAAGAAGAGUUGAGUGUAAUAAGUGUGGCACGCCCUCUCCUUCGGGUGCCGGUGGUGAUCGUGGCAGUGGUGGUGGUUAUAACAGAGGAGGAAGUGGUGGGGGCUACGGUGGCGGUAACCGUGGUGGUAGGGGUGGUAAUUAUGAUGGGGGUCGAAGUGGUAACUAUGAAGGAGGUAAAAGUAGCAGUUAUGAUGGAGGCAGAGGCGGUAGUUAUGACAGUAGAGGCGGUGGUGGUAGUAGAGGUGGUUCUUAUGGUGGUAGCCAAGGAAGAGAUGAUGGUGGGUAUGGUCAGGUUCCUCCAAGUGCUCCACCGUCCUAUGGUGCAGCUGGAGGCAAUUACGCACCAUCUUACAAUGCUGGUUAUGGAACAGAUGCAGUUCCUCCUCCUACAAGCUAUACUGGUGGACCUGGAUCGUAUCCCCCAUCUUACGGUGGUCCUGCAGGCGGUUAUGGUGGUGAUGGUCUAGGUGAUGCAAGGGGUGGUGGGCGUGGGGGCCCUCCAGCUAAAUAUGAUGGUGGAUACAGUGCUGGUGGUCGUGGUGGAUAUGGCAGUGGUGCUACAGAAGCCGCAGCUAAGGUGAAGCAGUGCGACCAGAAUUGUGAUGAUACUUGUGACAAUGCUAGAAUCUACAUAUCAAACUUACCACCAGAUGUUACCGUUGACGAACUUCAGCAGCUCUUUGGAGGCAUUGGACAAGUGGGAAGAAUCAAGCAGAAACGUGGCUAUAAGGAUCAAUGGCCAUAUAAUAUCAAAAUAUACACAGACGAGUCUGGAAAAAACAAAGGCGACGCAUGUUUAGCCUAUGAAGAUCCCUCUGCUGCACAUUCAGCUGGUGGAUUUUACAAUGAUUAUGACUUAAGGGGCUAUAAGAUCAGUGUUACAAUGGCGGAGAGAUCAGCUCCAAGGCCUUCGUUUGAACAAGGCAGUGGUGGUGGUGGUAGAGGUGGAUAUGGUGGCGGUGACAGGCGCAACAGUUAUAGAGACGGUGGAGCUGAUAGACAUCAACACGGCGGAAACCGUUCGCGUCCUUACUGAGAGAAUUUCCAGAUGAAGCAGAUUUUAUGUAAUGAGAAUUGUUGUCUGAGGGUUUUUGUAGUAUUCCGUUGGAGGGUUCUUAAACUGGAGACUAAGAGGUAGGUUGUUCACUAACCCUGAGCAAGGCCUCUGUCCUCCUAUAUUAACUUUACCUAAAACUAUCUGGAGGAGUUUCAAUUAUGUGCAUGGGAUUGAUAUUAGUUGUGUGAAUGUUUUAUAGAGACAAGUCGAUAAUCUCCAAAUUGCUUGCUGCUAUGGUAGGUUGAUAUUUUCAGGUGAGUGCUGCUCUUUCGUAACCAUUAUUAACACUUAUUUGGAGAUUGCCCAGAUUUGCAUCACUGGGUUCUUGAUUGCAUCUGAUCAUUUUAUAUCUAUGGCUCAGAUGCAAGCAUUGAUAUCUGUACAUGCUUUCUGACUGAAAAUUUGUUGCCCGUAUGAGAAAUCACUGAAGAUGCUUCCUGUGGCUGGGAGUUUAUAUUGGAAUGUACUUGAUGUUAGAUGUGAAUCCUGACCAUUGGAUUGGAUUGGAUUGGAUUUUGCUUAACUUUGAUCUCCAGCUGAACUUAUUUAAGUUUGCUAUCAUGUUACAUGGAAUAGGUUUUCCAUGUAGGAUUUUGUUAUUUUGGUUAGACAUUUUUGAUCAUGUUGUGUGGAGGCUCUUUUCCUACAUCGAGGCUUUCGCUUUGCGAUGAUUUUACUUCACCACAUCAAUCUAGUGUUUAAGAUCUAGUAUUGUUUGCCAAAACGUCAUGGUGCCUAAAAUUUUGCCAACCGGUUGCCUUCAUUGUUCAGCUACUUACUGGGUGGGGCUAGUCUUCCUUGAGGGUGGCUGCAAAGUACUUGUGGAUGACAAGAAUAUCUGCGUAGCUACUAGCUCCUAGCUCCUAGCUCCUAGCGUCAACUGUCAUGUCCUCCAUUCUGUUGCUGAUGGAUGCUUACUGUCAUGUGCUUCUACUGUAUUCUUGGCAUUUGCCUUGUGGGUUUCUUUCAAUUUUUAGUUUAGGGAAUGAUGGAGUACACCCUAGUAAUCACGUUGCGGUCGGAGUUUAAAUCGUUGUACUACAUCCCAAACACUUGCAUAUUUGAAUCAAACCGUUUGUUUCCUUGA